UUGACACACAAUGAGGAGCAGGGAAUAACCUCGCGAAACGCCGCUGUAAAUAAAUAACGUUAGAAGAAUCACUGAAGCCACAGAAUAAUGGAGAAUCAGUGCACAGUGCAGGUGAAGCUGGAGCUAGGACACCGAGCCCAGUUGAGAAAGAAGGUGACCUCGGAGGGCUUCACCCAUGACUGGAUGGUGUUUGUGCGAGGGCCUGAGACGGGGGACAUACAACACUUUGUGGAGAAGGUCGUCUUCCGGCUGCACGAGAGCUUCCCCAAACCCAAGAGAGUAUGCAAGGAGCCACCAUACAAAGUGGAGGAGUCGGGCUACGCUGGGUUCCUCAUGCCCAUCGAGGUCUACUUCAAGAACAAGGAGGAGCCCAAGAAGGUGUGCUUCAACUAUGACCUCUUCCUGAACCUGGAGGGGAACCCCCCUGUCAAUCACCUGCGCUGUGAAAAGCUCACCUUUAACAACCCCACCCGGGAGUUCAGACGCAAGUUGGUCAAGGCUGGAGGGGUCAUGGUGGUGCCUGAAGGGGCGGAGGCGGUGUCGAGGCCCAGUCCAGACUACCCCAUGCUCCCCACCAUCCCACUGUCUGCCUUCUCAGACCCCAAGAAGACCAAGACCUCCCAUGGAUCAAAGGAGCCCAGUAAAGAGGGCAGUGGAGGCAGCAAUAAAGGGCCGAAGUCCCACAAGCUGACCAAGGAGCACCGCGAACGCCCCCGUAAAGACUCUGAGAGCAAGGCGGGGUCCAAGGGCGACAGCGACCGCGACGGGGGAGGAGGAAUCAGCAGCAAGUGCGCCCGCGAGCCCUCCUCUUCCUCCUCUUCCAAGAAGCCAGCAGAGAUCAAAGUCAAAGAUGAGGGCAAGGUCCUUCCCAAGGCCGCCUUCAAAGAGCCCAAACUCACCCUGAAGGAGGCCAAGAUGGAGGGCAUGUCCCCCAAAGGAGGGGGGGGAGGGGGUGGUGGGGGAGGAGGAGGAGGGGGCCCGCUGGAGUCCAAAGGCCCCGGGAAGCGGCCUUCCACCGUGGAGUCUCCCAAACCCAGUGCCAAGAAGCAGAAGAAGAGCAGCUCAGAGGGCUCUAAAGGGGCAGCUGCAGUGGCCUUCACCGGAGCCUCUCCCCGGGUCUCCUCGUCGUCUGCAGCCGCCCCUGGCUUCCCAGAGAAGAAACCCCCCAAGGAGGGUCGCUGGCCCAAGGGCAGCAAGGCCGACACUCAGGAGGUCAAGGAGCCCAAGAAGCUGCCUGAGUCUGACGAGUCCAACUCUGAGGAUGAAGCCUCGUCCAAAUCAGAGCAGUCAGCCCCCUCCAGUCCUUCUAACUCCAGCUCCAGCUCUGAUUCCAGCUCAGAAUCUGACUUUGAGCCUGGACAGAAACAAGGCCAAGGCCCGCUGCGCUCUAUGGUGGAGGACCUACAGUCAGAGGAGUCAGAUGACGACAGCAGCUCAGAGGAAGGGACGCCUGUCAAGACCAACCCGCCCAACCGUGACUCACGACUGAGCCUGGACAGCGAGAGUGACAGCAGUGACGGCUCGCACCGCCCCAGUCGAGACCCGGUGCCGCCUCCACAGAAACACAGCUCCUCCAAUAACAAGGUCUUGGGCAGGAAGAGCCCAGACAUCUGCAGCCGCCCAGAGAAGGUGCUGAAGAAAGGAUACGAGAAGGUAGGAAGGGCCUACACAGAGGAGCUGGUGGAUCUCCACCGCAGACUGAUGGCUCUGAGGGAGCGCAACGUCCUACAGCAGAUAGUGAAUCUUAUUGAGGAGACGGGCCACUUCAACGUGACCAACACCACCUUUGACUUUGACCUGUUCUCUCUGGACGAGACGACCGUCCGCAAACUACAGAGCUACCUGGAGACCACAGCCACGUGACAGCAAGCCUGUAGCGCAGGGGAUUGUGGCAGGGCCGGUGGUGGCCACUCUCCCUCCUCAGUCCCUGGACCCCCACUGGGGGGGGGUAGUAACAGAAGCUACAGCCACACACCAGACAGAGCUAAACCACAGAACAACAACAGAACACACACUUUCACUAGUCGCUGGAGAAGAACAGAGGAACAGGGUGAGGGGAGGAGAGAGGAGGAGGUCCGAGUAAGAGAGAGCAGCUAUGCCACUGUCCCUCGAACCCGGACUGGACUAGAUGACAGGACUAGGAGCUGGCCUGUCUGGACUGGGUCUGGCAGGAGAUGUAUUAUAUAUGUUUCUUGUGGAGAACAGCAGAGCAGCCUGUGUGCAGAACUGUGGAAUGCGACCACUCUACUCUCCCUCCUGCCCUCCCCCCUCACUUCUAGCCUUUGCAAACCCAAUACUUCACCCCUCUAUCUCCUUCCUCCCCACUCACACAACACAACACUCCUCCCCUCCCCCUCCUCUCAGCUGGAGUUCAUAUCUCUGUAGGAAUUUUCCUGUCUGUGCGUGCGUAUGUGAGGGAGAGUGUGUCUGGGUGAGUAUUUCAGAGGCUUUAGGGGGGAUGAUAUCUUUGGUUAGUGACUCUUUAAGCUUGAGCACAAGCAACAGCCCUUAAACACACACUGUGAGAGGCAUUUGGGUCCCAUUCCAGGGUGUCUUCACACAUGCAGGCACUAAGUUGUGUAUGUGCCUGUUGGUGGUGGUGUAUUUUAGAUGGGGUUCAUCUCUUGUCAGUUCAGUUCCCCUUCACUCCCUCUCUUUGAAAGCUGAACCUUGACCCCCCCUUCCUUCUAUCUUGAUGUGCAUGAAAGGGCUCAACUGCUGGGGAAAGGAUCACUUCUGAAUUGCCUUUUUAAUGGUGGGGGGUAAAAAGACGUGACAAGUAGCCAUAGUCUCCCAGAUCCGAGAAAAAAAAGGGGCCACGCUUUUUUACAUUUAAUUUUUGUACUGAUACGUUUGGAGUAUAUUUUGGAUUGCAGUUCAGAUACCUGUGAGCUAUGAAUGUAUUACUGUUCAUUUCCUAGGGCUAGCAACAAACCUACUAUCCUCUUAGUGCCUUUAUGUCUGUCCACUGACACUGGUUAAAGAGCAAAGUCCCUCCUCUGACUAAAUGUUACUAAAUGUUAAUUGGGAAGCCUGAAACUCCAGUUUUGUCUUAACAGUGCCCUCUCUUGAAAUCAGUUGAUGCUCCUCGUGGGGUUUCUCUGCAGAUUUGAAGCUUCUUCCAGUGAUCUAUCUCUGCUGUUAUUAGGAACAUAAGCCUUCCAGAAAUCCUAAGACACUGUGCAUCAGCAGUGGUACUUUAGGGAAAGUUCAGGCGUCUUCUCCAAACGAUUGCCUUUUCUUUCCAGAUCGUAAUAUGAACGGUUGUAUAGCUCAUGUUCUGUUGUCUGAGAUGUAGUUUUCUAUGGAAAGGGACUGUGCCAGACCAGGCCUAUCACUCAGUCAAUCUGCUAGACAUCUUCCUCUUACUCUGGCCCCUCUAGCCUUCACAUCCACUGUGGUUUCACACUCAGACUAAUGGUCAGUCUUCUCCUCUCUUCGGGUGAUCCCCUCCCUGCUUCAUUCCCCCCAAACUUUCUUUCUGUUUCACCUCGUGAACAGUUUUAUUUAUUCUAAUGCUAAUAGCUUUAAUAGUUAUGUCCAUUCUGUUGCCUGGCUCUACAAAGUGCACACACACAUCUCUGCCCCUUCUCCUCUGUGAGGGCGCUGUGCUGUGGCGUGGCGUGGUGUGUUGAAGACUCAAUGUGUGGUUCUGGAGUGAAACAACAACCGCCUUAUGUUGCUCUCAGCAUCCACUCUGCUCUGUCCACCACCCCUUUAUUUGUCUGGGUGUGCCUAUCUCAACAGAAGUCCCUGCAAGUGAUUUUUAAAAGAUGAACUUUGCAACUGUGAGUGUGAUGGAUUGUGUGUGUCAAGCGAGUGGAAAAAGAGAACGUUGCUGUCCUCUUGUGUGUGUGAACUUUUAACUCCGAAGUCCUAGUUCAUGAACUCUACCCCUUGACCGGGGGCGCUCAGUUUUUCCCUUGUGUCAUGGAAUGGGGGCACGAGGGUGAAGGGUGUGGGGGGGUGGGGCCGCUGAAGGGUUGAGUGGCAGGCAGCUCUGUGCAGUUCUCCCAGAGAACCCCACCUACCAUUUACGAACAGUCAAUCUUUUAUUUAUGUACCUCUGCACUUUUGGCUGUGGUGACUUCAGUACUUAAGUAAUUAUCUAAACUGUAUUUUUAAGAAUUUUAUACAAUAUUUACAUGCAAUACAAAUAGAUUUUUUGCCAACGUUUUUUAAAAUUCUUAUUUAAUUGUUUUUAUUUGUAUUGGCAUGUUUUGUCAUUAUACAUACAGAAACAUGCUGUCAAUUCUGUUAAUUCUAGUGUUGCAUCAAGGAAAACUUCCCUGAAUGUUGUAUUGUGUAUCAUAGUUGUUGCAGUUGGACACCAUGGAACAGGUGUUGGGAAUAUGUUUGAUGUAUGAGCUAACCAUGUCGAUAUCAAGGAGGAAAAGGUGGACUUUUCAGUGAGCAUAUGUGUAUGUCCUAUUAUAAUUUGAGUGUUUUUAACUCAAAGUGAGGCAGCGUUCUAUUUGUCCGUACUCUAUGAGGUAUGGUUACGAAGCCCAGGCAUAAACUGUCACCCCCUCUUUGGUUCAAUAUUUAUCUGUAUUUUUAUCAAAUUUCGAUCCCUUAAACUUUAAAACAAUAACACCAUAGGAAAAUAUACCAUUUCAAUUCAAACUAUAUUAUAUAGAUUUAAAUGUAUGAUAAGCAAAGGUAGACUAUCUACUCUGGAAUUUAACAGACAAAAAAGCAGCGAAUGGUGACUUUGUGUUCCUUAGGAAUGUGAGGUGGCAUGGGCAGAGGGGCGUUUCCUGUGUCAGUGGUUGUUAUACGUGUCUGUAACCAGGUUUCCAUCCAACCUUUUUAUGCGAGUUAAGAACAUGUCGGAUAAAAAAUGACCGGCCUAUUGGAGACGGAACAUUUUCCGGUAAACUUUCCAAAUGUCGACAAA